GAGAAAAGAAAAAGGAAGGGGACAGACGACAAAAAAGUAAGACUGGCGGCGGACUGAGCGAGCGAAGGUUCUGCUCUGGAAUGUGUUGAACAUACAGGUGCAUUUGACUACUGGUACUUUCACAAGGGUUAUCUUGAUCAUCCACAUCCAUCACCCCUUUAUUUAGUAUUGUUUGGAAGUGCUUUACCCACCCUCUUCACUGAUUUGGUCCACUACAGGCUGUCUUCUGUAUCUCCUCAUUACCUCCCUUGGUGGAUACAAAUGCUGCGAUUCUUCUUUUUUCUCCUGUGCGUAUCUCCUUGUGUCGUGACGAAGGAUACAGGAAGAUGCCAAGGCGAAGACUGCGAGGUAAGCAAGUGGCACAAUUUAAGAUGCACGACAGAUGACGACUGCAAUGAGCCACACGCCUUGUGCUAUGAACACCUGUGUCGGUGUGAACCCGGGUACUUCUAUACAACACAUGAUACGUGUACUAUCACAUGCAGCACAGACGAGUUCCACGACACCUUUACAGAGUACCCAGACAGUGCUAUAGGUGGAAACCUCUUUGAAAGCAUGGACGGACACAGUCUGAAAGGCUGCAAGGACCAGUGCAUGUAUGACAUUGACAAGCGUUGUCUCACAGUUGAUUUCAAAGCCGAUGGAGGUCUCUGUCGGCUUCAUAGUGUCACCGCUCAUGAGUCUCCCUCAGACUGGACUCCUAAGAUGAGUAAAGGCUGGACCCACUACCAGAUAUCCUGCAAUUCCACUUUUGCCUCACACCAUAACUGGUACAACUUACUGUGUCACACCAAAGUGAACUGUCCUGACCCAAACAGCGAUUGUUUGUCAGGCAGAUGCCAGUGUCCUUUAGGCUUCAAGUUCAUAGAAACCAAGAAGAAGUGUGUUGCUGCAAGCGUGCUAAGCAAGUGGCACAAUGUAAGAUGCACGACAGACAACGACUGCAAUGCGCCACACGCCGUGUGCUUUGAACACCUGUGUCGGUGUGACCCCGGGUACUUCUACACAACACAUGAUACGUGCACUAACACAUGCAGGAUGGACGAGUUCCAGGCCUCCUAUACAGAGUACCCAGACAGCACUUUAAGUGCAAACCUCCUUGAUGGCUCGGAUGGAAUCAGUCUGAAAGACUGCAAGGACAGGUGCAAGGCUGAAAAGCAUUGCUACACCUUUGAUUUCAAAGCCAAUGGAGGUUUCUGUCGGCUUCACAUUAUUGCCGCUCAUGAGUCUCCCUCAGACUGGAAUCCUAAGACGAGUAAAGGCUGGACCCACUACCAGAGAAUCUGCCAGUCCACUUUUGCCUCACGCCGUACCUGGAACAACUUACUGUGUCUCACCAAAGUUAACUGUCCUGACCCAAACAGCCAUUGUUUGUCAGGCAGAUGUUUAUGUCUUUUAGGCUUCAAGUUCAUAGAAUCCAAGAAGAAGUGUGUUGUUACAACAUGCAACACAGACGGGAUUCGGGAGACCUUUAGAGAGUACCCAGACAACUCUAUACGUGGAAACCUCCUUGAUAGCUCGGAUGGAAUCAGUCUGAAAGACUGCAAGGACAGGUGCAAGGCUUACAAGCGUUGUUUCACCUUUGAUUUCAAAGCCGAUGGAGGUCUCUGUCGACUUCAUAAUGUCACCCCUCAUGAGUCUCCCUCAGACUGGACUCCUAAGACGAGUAAAGGCUGGACCCACUACCAGAGAUCCUGCAAGCCCAUGUUUGCCUCACGCCCUACCUGGGACAACUUUCUGUGUAACAACAAGAAAGACUGUCCAGACCCAAACAGCGAUUGUUUGUCAGGCAUAUGUCAGUGUCUUUUAGGCUUCAAGUUCAUAGAAACCAAGAGGAAGUGUGUUGCUGCAAGGUCAUGUCUAGACUGGCAGGACAAAGGUGCCAAAAGUGGUGUGUACACCAUUCGGCUAAUAAUCAGCAGCAAACCUCGAAGGGUGUGGUGUGACAUGGAGUCUAGCGGCGGCGGCUGGCUGGUGUUCCAGAGACGUCGCGACAACUCAGUUGACUUCAGCAGAAACUGGACAGAAUAUCUACAAGGUUUUGGUGACAUCUCUGGAGAUUUCUGGCUGGGCCUGACCGCGAUUUACGAACAGACAGAUUAUAUAUAUUGGAGCCUGAGAGUGGACUUCAGAGAUGGGAGUGGAGAACGUCGCUACGCUGAGUACAAGAAUUUCUCUGUAGCCAGCAACUACAAACUUUACGUGUCCGGCUACUCGGGUGACGCAGGAGAUGGUUUGGGACCUAGUAAAUACAGAGAGUUUUCAACCUAUGACCGAGACACGUACGGCUGUGUCAGGACACGUCACAGCGCCUGGUGGUACCCGGAUGGCUGUGGCAGCACUUACCUCAACAGCCCUCGUGCAAGCGACAAUGUUUGGGGUAACUUCAGCAACCUGCAAUUCUCGGAGAUGAAGAUGAAGCCACUCUCUGGGCCAACACUUGGAUUUAAUUCGCGCCUCUGACGUUCUCACAGAUGAAGAUGAGGCCAGAGUGACACCACCUUGUCUCCUGUACCCACUGCUUACACCGCCAGUCUACAGUCCACUACAUGUUCAACGGAUGAUGUCAGCUCAGUGUAGAUUAAUUUUUCACAAUAUUCUACCAUCUCAACCUCGUGCAGACUACUGUACUUUAAUUGUUUAUUUUGAUUAUAUUACCUUGUGAUUCUAUUAUACAUGUGUUGUAUCAUUUCUUUCAGAUUUGGAUUUGCUUGGAUAAACUAACAUGUUUGAAAACAUAAAUAUAAGUUUAAUUAAUUAAUUAAUUCAGCAGUUUAUUGUGCCUAGGUUGUAGUAAACGUGUAAUGAACUGUCGCUAUGCACCUAUUAGCUUAUGAAAUGUUGGCAGUUGACAGUGUGAAAAAGAUAAACAUCCGAGAGUUUGAUUUUCAAAAUUAUGCAGAAACACGGAUACUGAUUGCAUCAAACACUGAUGCUCAUUAUUUCCUUACUGACGAUAACUGAACAUGACUCAGAUUGUUACAUUCUUUAAUUGUUUGGUAUUAAAAAGUGUUUAAGUUUAUUUUGUAUUAUGUGAAACUUUACCAUAUCCUUGAGUUUGCUUUAUUUAAGCAAAAAUUGACAUUUUCACAAACAUAUGAACGAAGCAUGCUUUUCGUAAAAACAAAUAUAGCUAUUGCGAAGAAUGAACAGAUAUUUUCAUAAAAGCAAUUAAAAUUAUAAGUAGUAUUGUUAGUAUUUGCCGCUUUGACUAAAUGUGAUAACAUCACUAUGUACUCAAUGUUACCUCCCCUUUAACAUAAUGGUAACAGUAGUUGAUACUUCACAUCUCUUACUUAAUUGUACAAAACAAAUUUCUUUUACAAUAUUCGAGUAAGAGGGACGUUUCGAGCCCUCAUUGAUAUUCUCCACCUUCUUCUACGGGGUGUUGAUGUAGAACUAUUGAUAAGUAUUUAAUAAGUAUUUGUCAUAA